CCUCUCUCAGACCCGUGGGUCCAAACCCCCAGUCCCCUCCUUUCUUAGACCCGGGGUCCGGGCCUUGGGUUUGAACUUUCCCCUCCUCUGAACCUGACUCCUGCUGCUGCGUCAGGGAAAAGAGGGCGACAGGUGGCACCUGCUGGCAGGGCUGGGACACGACCACCUGCUGCUGCUGCUCACCCGCGCCCCUCCGCCCGCACCUGCUCCUGUCUGUCCGCCUGCGGCCGCCGCGCCGACCCACAACCCCAGGAGGCGAGGAGGGGCGAGCCGGGACCGACCCGACGCCCGCCCCGCCCUUUCCCAGGCGCCAGGCGCGGCUCCGCAUCCCCCACCCCGCUGCCCAGCUCCCCGCGUCCCAGAAAGGGGCGUCCGAGGCGCCCUAAGCAGGCGGGGCCUGAGGUCUCUGCCCGCGCUGGAGACUCCGCCCGCCCCGGCACAGCUGCGCCUACCCCACCCGGCCUUCCCUAAGUUACCGGCUGCCAGCCUGUGCCCUGCGGGGGGCCCUGCCCUCUCCUCGGUCCAGGUCCCAUUCCGGCCUUGGCGAUGACCCUGGCGGCUUCCUCUCAGCGCUCCCAAAUCAUCCGAUCCAAGUUCCGAUCUGUCCUCCAGCUGCGAAUCCACAGACGGAAUCAGGACCUGACCUCAGAUCCGGAUCCAUGGCUCUCAGCCCCAGGCCCGGCCCUGGCUCCAGCCUUGCCCUCCGCCCCAGCCCCUUUCCUCUUCGGCCCUGGGGUCCUGCUCCCUGAGCUGGAGCGGUGCCCGUGGCAGUGCCCGCAGCAGGAGUCACCCAAGCUCUCCCCACGCUGGAGGGCGCCCAAGCCCCAGGGGACCCUGACCUACCACCAGUACAGGCCCCCGGAGCCAGGCCAGGGCACCAGGGCAGAGCCCCCGAGCGGGCCACCUCAGUGGGAUGGGACGAGCUCACAGCAGCCAUCUUCCAGGGUGAAGCCUGCGCCCCUCACUCCCUCCGCACCAGGGGUCCCCAGUCCCUCGGCCCCUCCACACAAGUUGGAACUUCAGACCCUUAAACUGGAAGAGCUGACGGUCUCAGAGCUCCGACAGCAGCUACGCCUGAGAGGUCUCCCGGUAUCCGGGACCAAGUCGAUGCUUCUGGAGCGCAUGCGCGGCGGCGCCCCGCCCCGCGAGCGGCAGAAGCUGAGGCGUGACGACAACGCCUCGGUCGCUCCCUGGCCGCGCCUCAGACCCAAACCCCUGGGAAUCGCCCGGCGGCAGGGCGGGGUCAAAUUAAAUCCCGGGCCUCCCCGGCCACCUCUUCCACGAUCCGCGGAUGCCCUGGUAGCAGCCCCACCUCCUGUUCCGACGCAGGCUCCGGCUCCAGUGCUGACAUCGUGCUCAGCACCGGCCUCCGCCGCCCCGAGUCUGGAGGAGGAGCUGCAGGAAGCGAUCCGAAGGGCGCAGCUGCUUCCGAGCCGGGGUGUGGAAGACCUCCUGAAGGACCAGGUGGAGCCUGAUGACCUGCUGCCCCCCAUCCCUCUGGACUUCCCCGGCUCCUUCGACGUCCUGUCCCCCUCCCUGGACUCCGAAGGCCUCUCCUCCGUCUUCUCCUCUUCGCUCCCGUCCCUGGUGAACUCCCCGUCCUCCUCUCCCGGGGGACCCACAGAAGCCUUGGACUGGCUCGAGGCCCUGAGCGGGGGUCCUCCCCUAGGCUCCGGCCCCCCGGGCCCCAGCAUCUUCUCUGCUGACUUAUCUGACUCCGGUGGCGCCCGGGUGUGGGACCUGCUGGAGGAUCCGUGGUGAUGGAUUCUGGGGUGUCCAGGGACUCAGAACUGCUGGGGGUGGAGGCCACAGAGAGACUCCCCUGGGGUAUGGAGCAACCAACCGAGCCCCUCCUGUGGCAGACACAAGAUCAAAGACGACCCCGUCCCCUCAUGUCCCAGAGCUGCUGCCGCCACCCAGCCCACAACCUGGACUUUGUCUGCCGACCUGUAUGUGACCCGCGUGUCCCCACGGGUGUGCAGGUGGGAUGGGGGUUCGAAUGCUACUGGCCAGGCCAACAUGCUGCUUGCUGCUUCCUUCA